UGAGUGUUGUAUGGUUCGUAACUUUUAUGUUGUGCUGGGUAUCCGUUCGAACUGGGCAUUAUAUUGGAAAAGUGGCGGCUACCGUAUCAUUAGUGCUAACUGUCGUACUUAUAUCAGUGCCAAAAGGGGACACGUAUGAUUACAGUGCCAACUUUUAUGACCAACUAUUUGUUUUGCGAUACGCAGUCUUCUCUUUGCUGCUUGUUAGUAUUGUCGGUGGCUCAGUAUUUCUCUUUGUACACACCUGUCUAACUCCCAUCGAGACACGAAAAGUGAAAAGUUUUGGUAUUAUAAACUAAUUUUGGUCUGGCAAAAUGUCUAAUGCAAUAUCUCAGGGUUUACGGUCACCAAUCAGAAAUUUAGUAAAACUGAAGAGGUUGAGAUACAUUUCUACAUCCCUUGUUCACAAUGAAACAAUUUUAGUUAAGAAUAAUAACGAAUUUGUUACUAAGGUAAUGAAUAAUGAUAAGCCGGUGAUUGUGAAUUUCCAUGCUGAUUGGUGUGAACCGUGCAAGAUCCUUACGCCUAAACUGAAGGAAUUGAUCGAGCCUCUUAAUAAUUUGGACUUAGCUGUAGUAGAUGUUGAGGAUAAUGCAGAACUGGUUCAUGCUUUCGAGGUGAAAGCAGUUCCUGCUGUUAUAGCCAUCAGAAAUGGUCUAAUAGUCGAUAAAUUCAUUGGUUUAGUAGACUCAGAUAUGAUCACUAGUCUCAUAGACCGAAUGUCCGGCAAGAAGGAGGGAUCGUAAACAAUGCACACAUUUAGUACGUACGUAAACUGUAAACAGUAGUUUAGACUAAACAGAGUGAGAAAUAUGACUCAGUAAUCGAUGGAUAUACUAUGAAAAAUAAAUCACUUAUUAAUAAACAUAGUUCAUAAAAACUUUAUCAAUAUUUUGUAAUUAUAAAUACGAAAUGUUUUUUUUAAUGUUAGUAUAAAACUAAUUUAUGUAACUAUGUUACGAGGUUGUUGAUAUUUUAUGUUGGAAUGUUAGAUUAGUAAGUGUUUUAGUUCCAUUCUUGCCUCCUUGUAACUUAUCUACAAAUAGUUGUGUUCAUAUAAUUAAUUGAUAUUCGUUUGCUAGUGUUAGAUCAUCCAUACCUACCUACUGGCAUCUCAUGCUCAUGCAUGCAUAUUUUAGUCAGGAAAAUUUCGAAUAAUAAAAAUAAAUUACUGAAAUGAAAAACAGUGAUGUAUUCACAUACAGGUGGU